UAAAAAUGGAAAACGCCGGCAUCCCAAGUUCUGUGCUGCAGAAGUACAAAUCCUCAUUUGAGGCUGACCCAAAGAACAAGUUGGCUCAAAAUGUGGUCACCAAACAAGAUUUCCUUGAAGCAUGCUACAAACACAGGCAAGACGAGAUUGGAUCUUGUGUCUCACACAAGGUGCCGGAUGUGAAACCAGUAUCCAAUCAGAAGGCUUCUGGCAGAUGUUGGUUGUUUGCCCUCCUCAAUGUUAUGAGACAGCCUUUCAUGGCACAGCAGACUAUUGAUGAGUUUGAAUUCAGUCAGAACUACCUCUACUUUUGGGACAAGCUAGAGAGGUGUAAUUAUCUGUUGGAUGUUCUGACCCAAGUGGCCAAGAAAGGUGAACCUGUUGAUGGCCGCCUCGUACAGCACCUUCUAACCAACCCAAGUGAGGACGGAGGACAGUGGGAUAUGCUGGUGAACCUGGUCGAGAAGCAUGGCGUAAUCCCAAAGAGCUGUUGGCGGGAGGCACACAGUGCUGAGAAUUCUAGGAGGAUGAAUGGAUUGAUCAAUGAUAAGAUGAGGGAGUUCUGCCAGCAGAUUUUCAAAUUGGUUAAGACUGGUAGCAGUGAUGAUGCACUGAAGGAAACCAGAGAGAAAAUGAUGGAAACGAUAUAUCGGAUAGUGAGCAUCUGUCUUGGAUCGCCUCCAGAGACAUUCACUUGGGAAUAUUACGACAAGGAGAAAAAGUAUCAUAAAGUAGGACCGAUCACGCCGCGUGAGUUCUACAAACAGCUUGUUAAACCUGUGUUUAACAUGGAAGACAAGGUGUGUAUUGUGAAUGACCCCCGUACACAAAACCCUUACAAUGAGAUGUAUACAGUGGAGUACUUGGGGAACAUGCUGGGAGGAAACCUCACCCUUUAUCUGAACCAGCCAAUUGAAAACCUCAAGACGUUUGCCGCAGAUGCCAUAAAGCAGAAUGAGGCAGUUUGGUUUGGAUGUGAUGUUGGUAAAUUCUUCUGUUUACAGACAGGGAUUCAAGACUUGGACAGUUUCGAUUACGAAUUAGUCUUCGGAACGACAGUUGGCAAUCAGUCGAAAGCAGAUCGUCUGAUAUAUGGCCAGUCUCUCAUGACUCAUGCAAUGGUGCUGACAGGAGUUACACUGGAAGAGGAUGACAUUUCCAAAUCUCGCAGGUGGAGAGUUGAGAAUUCAUGGGGUGAUGAAAAGGGAGAUAAAGGUUAUUUGGUGAUGGCUGACAACUGGUUCAAUGAAUAUGUGUAUGAAGUUGUAGUAGAUAAGAAACACAUUCCAGCUGAAAUCUUGGACAUUCUAAAGAAGAAAGCACGCAUGCUGCCGGCGUGGGAUCCAAUGGGUGCUCUUGCAUAACGAGGAAUAAUAGAUGAUUCCCAGGAUGUAAUGGUGGGAUGCCGUAGCAUCAAACUCGGGGGUGGGUCCCAAGGGGGAAGGCUUAUUCUGUGACUUCAUACAUGUAUAGGGGAGAAGUCACUUCAGAAGUAGCCACCCAGGUCAAAACUCGGUGGUCAGCCUGGGAAUCAUCUGUACACACAUGUAAUGAAUGUAUGACUUAGGUAAUUGUACUGUAGGAUUUCUUUUAGCAUAGACCAACUGGGGUAUUAAUGCAUCUCUGGUAUCUUUCAACAGGGUGACAAUUUUGCCAGAACACAGCUCCACUUAGUACUUAUUAUAUUCCAUGUUGUAAAGGAAUAACUGAUGAUCAUUGAUAGCUCUGUGAAUACUAGAACUGACAGUUCCAAGACCCUUGUGCUAUACCAUGACACUGGAGGAAACCUGACAGCGAGCGGCUUUCACUGUCAUGAAGAAAUGGCUGACCAGACUUGAACCACAGCCUCUGAGGUGACUGGCACUGUUGCUUAUUCCAAACAUAAGUCCUGUUCGCUAUGUGACGGAUUGGUUGGGCAUCUGCCUUUACUCUAAUGAACAAACUUUAUACCCCAUCAUCAAUGUAAUGUUGACACAUUUUAUUGGUAAGAAUCGUAUUCCCAUGUACGUGUACCUGUGAUUGUUUUUGUGUUGUCCAUUUAGGGAAUAUCUCUAAUUUUUGCUGUCAUGCAGGGUUUGCCUAUUACUUAUUCAGGAGCCGUCUGGACUCCAAUCCUUAACGUUUACAAGUGCAUAUCUGUAUGGCUUACAUGUAUACUUGCAAAGAUGAUCCACUUUUGAUAAGACCAAUAUUUAAAAGCAGACCACAAACAAUGCCUCAGGUUGCCCUAUUUUUGUAUGGACAUGUAUGUGGAUUACUAUAAUAAUUGCUACAGUAGUAAUAAA